UAGUAAUGACUAAUGUGUCAUGCGCGUCGGUCAAACGACAUUAAAUUAGUAUAUUAGAAUGAUAGCUGUUGUGAAGACUGAAGUUUCAAGUUCACAAGUAUCAACACUAUGACCUAGUACAACUAGUUCAAGUGAAGACAUUAUUUUCUUGUUUAACAUUAAUAGAACCACAAUAUUAGUUUAUUUUUUGGAGCAUAAAUACUUGUAAAUUUUAAGUUUGAUAUAAAAUUAUGGAGGAAGACAAUUCUUUUUCUAGUAGAUUCACCAAAAAAUCUCAACAAAUGCCCUUAUAUCCUGUUGGAAUAUUGGGAUUUGGAUUAGUAGCAGCCUAUGGACUUUAUAAAUUUAAGUCUCGCAAGGGACGUACAUCUUUGUAUCUUAUCCAAUUAAGAUUAGCAGCUCAAGGAACAGCUGUAGGAAUCAUUGGAGUAGGUGUGCUGUAUAAUAUUUUUACUGAAGCAACUUCAAAAAAAAGCUAAAAUUAAACUCAUGAUUUGUUAGUAAAAUGUUUUAUCUAUUAAAUAGAAUCAUUAUUAUUUAUUAAUAAUUGUUUAAUUUUUUUUAUGUAAAUGUAUUGUUUUAUAAGUAUGUAACUAAAAUAUAAUGUACACUCAUUUUGUGUUUUUUAGUUUACUGAUU